UGCAGCGACUCCUGUUUGUCCAGGUCCCACAGCCUGGAAGGGUGGCUGUGCCCUCCACUGCCCGGGCAAGUUCCUGUCGAGCCACCAGAACAGACUUCAAAUGGCCGAACUGCUCAGGGUGCCAUGGAGGCUUCUCCUGCGAACAAGAGCUCAAAAGGAUCUAGGAAGAAAGGAACGGGUCGUUUCCUCUACAGGCUCUGGAAGGCUGUGAAGCGUGUUUUCUGCUGCUGUUGCCACUGUAGUGCAGUGACUGUUGUGGAGCCUUUUGUUCCUCCAGCAGAUCUGGAGCCAGAGCCUGAUCCUGAUCCAUCAUCUCCUGCUCCUGAUCACUCCGGCAUCAAGGCAAACAAUGAGUCCUUUGAGUCUCUCUAUGCCGUUAUAAAGUUGAUUGGAUCUGGAGGAUUUGGCAGGGUGUACCAGGGAGAACGCAGAUUUGAUAACAAAAAGGUUGCCAUCAAGCGGAUCCGCAAGAGUGACAACAAUCGUUAUCUUACUAUUCCUGGGCAUCCCAAACCUCUGGUUACAGAAGUGGCGCUGAUGAUGAUGAUGAGGCGAGAACCCAUAAGCCCCUUCAUCAUUCAACUAUACGAGUGGUUUGAACAUCCGACAGCGUUCACUCUGGUUAUGGAGUAUCCUGAAGCCUGGGAGAGCUUGCUGGACUUCAUUCGUAAUCAUCUAAUCUAUGAACCAACGGCACGGUUCUUAAUGCGACAGGCUGUGCAGGCAGUGCAACACUGCAUCCGUCAGGGGGUUUUUCACCACGACAUCCAUCCGCAGAAUUUCCUGUUGCAGAGACGUCCGGCCCAGCUCAAGCUGAUAGACUUUGGCUGCGGUCAGCUGUUUAGUAGAGACGGCUACGAGAGCAACAUCUACAUUGGAGCGCCGGAUUACUGCCCACCUGAAGUCUUGACAGAACCUCGAUUCCACGCCGUCCCAGCAAAUGUCUGGUCUCUAGGGGUGUUGCUGUUCAUGAUGAUGAACCAACGUACUCCUUUUCGCAACAGAAGCAAAAUCACAGAAGCCAACGUUACAUUUCUGAACCCCACCUUAUCCAAAAAUUGCAGGGAUCUGAUUAGCCAGUGUCUAGCCCGGGAUCCAACUAAACGCCCGACGUUAGAGCAGAUGUUACAACAUAAAUGGUUUAGUAAAGAUCUGCAGUAG